CAAACAUUCAGUCAUUCAUCAUCCUUUGAAUAUCAACUUCAAAUCUUUCGAACUUUACCUUUUGAAUUCUUUUCAACAUGUCAGGUUCAUGGUGGUGGGGAUCUAGUGCUCCUGUGACUGAGUUUGAUCGUGUUUUAGAGGCUUGUACCUCUUCGAAUCUACCUUCUUCCGCUCCACCACCUAUCACAGAUUCAUUGGCUCUCUCCGAUCUCAUCCGGUCAUCUGCCGUACCCGCUUCUCAUGCCGUCAAAUCAUUAAGGAAAAGGCUCACUCAUUCCAAUCCCAACGUUCAACUCUUGGCUACUACUGUCAUCGAUAUUUGUAUCAAGAAUGGUGGUGAUGCAUUUCUAAAAGAGAUUGGUGCUCGUGAUUUUAGUGAAGAAUGUGCUCAGAUUUUAACCAAUCCAUCUUCAAAUCGUGAGGUACGAGAGAAGCUUAAAAAAGAAUUUCAGAAUUGGGCUUUAGCAUUCGAAGCAGUUUCUUUCCUUUCACAUUCCGAGCUUGUUCACAACUAUAAACGAUUGAGUUCGCUAGGAAUAGAGUUUCCUCCACGGGAUCCUUCAGCUACAGCUGCGAUGGUCGACUCCAUGUCGGCUCCCGAGUGGCGGGAUAGCGAUGUUUGUGAACGUUGUCGGACACCUUUCAGCUUCACCAAUCGAAAGCAUCAUUGUCGGAAUUGUGGCGGAGUGUUUGAUGCUCAGUGUAGUAGCAAGAGACGAGCCCUGGCUCAUUUUGGUGUCACCGAACCUGUACGAAUUUGUGACGGAUGUGAUCGUACUCUCAGCGCUGGAAAUGCCUCAGCCUCAAAAACAGGACAUGUAGUUGGUCGAAGGAACAGUUUCUCGGGUGAAAAUCAGUCCUCUUCACCCUCAAAGCUCUCUAUGCCAGGCUCUCAUCAUCGCAGUGCCACCUUUCAUGCUGGUGCUGCUGGUCGUUCAACACAUCGCUAUACUCACUCUACACCUAAUCAGCUUCAGCUCUCGAAUCGCGAAGAAGACGAUCUCGAACGCGCUAUUGCCUUAUCACUCCAAGAAUUGAACCCCCCUCAACGUGCUCCUUUCAUCUCUCGAUCUUUGCCCGAGCACACCCCAGCACCGACAUUUGCUCAAGGCCCUUCUAAGCCUCCGGAGAUGUCAACGACAGAAGGAGAUGAUGAUCCAGCUCUGGCUGCGGCCAUUGCAGCCAGUCUUAGGGAUGUUGAGAACUCGUCUGCCCAUCAGCCCAGUGCACCUUUUCCCGCAUCUCCUAGCGAAGGCAGUCGUCGGUUACCUCCCAAGCCGCCGCUACCCUCUUAUGAGCUCACAUCAGAGCAAACAAAUGUGUUGUACAAUUUUUCCACCGAUGUCGACUCGGCUCUUCAAGCCGGUUCACUCAAUCCUUCUAAUCCAAGCCUGAGGCAAUCGCAUGCCCAGGCUGAAGCAAUUCGACCUCUUAUGAUGCGUGGUAUUGAAAACGCGGACCGCAAGAUGCAAUUGCUGAGAGAGAUGAACGACAAAUUAUCAGGAGCAGUCAGAACCUAUGAUCGCCUACUGAGCGAGCAGAUCAUGUAUCGCACGCAAUCUUCUAUGAGUUCUGGUACGGUAGAUCACUCCCGGUCAGCUUAUGCUCCCCAGCCUUCCUACAAUCCAUCCCAAAUCGCGCCUUAUCACCUACAACCCAACUUCACUCCAUCUAUGCAACCUCCUUCAAAUAACCCCACCUUAACGAAUCGUGAAGUUCCCAACGGCCCUCAUCAAUCUUACCUGCAUGCCGGUUAUCAGCCUCAUGCAUCCGAAGCUCGACAGAUGCAUCCGAAUGUGCCUUCAUCUGAAGGUGAUAGUGGAUAUAACUUCAAUAGUCCUUAUCAUCCACAAGCUUCGCUUGGAAAUGACUUGAGUGCUCCUCAUCAAGCUUAUCCCAAUGGUCCCACUUCAACCUCGCCCGUUGACAUGCGACCGUCUCCCCUACCUCAUGGGUCUCUCGCACCAGUUGAACACACGCCAUAUAAUCCUGCUACUGCCCAAUUCAGUCAUAACCCUCAAAGUUUUGCUACCAACUCGGAGCCUGCCAAGCUGAACCCCGAAUCAUCUACAUCAUCGUAUCAUGUGACCAAUGAAUCAUCUUGGAUAAAUCAGCCAGCUAUAAGUCAUUAUGACCCUCAACAUCAAGAACUGAGGAGUGUGGUACCGGGUUCGACGUACUUGUCUGAACCAGGAAGUCAACCGAUCUCAACAUCACCAUCGAUGACUCAUGGAGAACCAUCAGGAAUGUUACCAGUCUCAGUUGAACGACCAAGAGAUUCACAGAAUCCAUGGAGUAUUCCUCCAGACUUUCGACCUGAAGUAUCAACCUAUCCGGUAGAAGAAGUUCAUGCAUCCAUACCUAUCACUACACCUAGUUUUCCUAGUGUUCCUAAUACUGAACCUAGAUGGACACAUGAAUGGGAAAUGCAUGGAGAUAUGCAACCCAAUAGACAAGAAGAAGUAGGACCAUUGAUUGAAUUAUGAAAGAAAGAAGGAAAAAAGAAAGAAACGAGUUGAGAAUGGCUUGAAAGCAUGUUGAUUUGAUUUGGAUUUUUCAUGAAUUUUCCUUCUGAAUCGAAUGUCAUCUUUUCCAGAUUCAAAUUCAAAGAAUAUCUAUUAUUCUUUAUUUUUUUCUUUAUGAAGUGUGUAGGAGUAGAUCAUGAUUGGUGUUUCGUUUCUUUUUCUUUUGUAACUGGCAAAUUCUUUUUUUAUACAAUACUUUAUUGUUGAGGUGUGUACUAAAAGAAUUGGAGAUGAAAUCAAAUGAUGAAGAGAUGUUUAUGAUGAAAGU